UCCGGUACCGGCCCCGUUGCCCGCUCCCCGCUCCGGUACCGGCUCUGCUCCCCGCCAUGAGCAGCUCCCAGUUCAACAAGGGCCCGUCCUACGGCCUCUCCGCCGAAGUCAAGAACCGGCUUGCCCAGAAGUAUGACCCACAGAAGGAGGCCGAGCUGCGGACGUGGAUCGAGAGCGUCACAGGAAAACAGAUCGGACCUGACUUCCAGAAGGGGCUGAAGGAUGGGGUGAUCCUCUGCGAGCUCAUGAACAAGCUGCAGCCCAACUCGGUGAGGAAGAUCAACCGCUCAGCUCAGAACUGGCACCAGCUUGAGAACCUCUCCAACUUCAUCAAGGCCAUGGCCAGCUACGGCAUGAACCCUGUGGACCUGUUUGAAGCCAAUGACCUUUUUGAGAGCGGGAACCUGACGCAGGUGCAGGUGUCGCUGCUGGCACUGGCGGGAAUGGCCAAGACAAAGGGGCUGCAGAGCGGGGUGGACAUCGGCGUGAAGUACUCAGAGAAGCAGCAGAGGAAUUUCGAUGAGGCCAAGAUGAAGGCUGGGCAGUGUGUGAUCGGGCUGCAGAUGGGCACAAACAAGUGUGCCAGCCAGUCUGGCAUGACAGCCUAUGGCACCCGAAGGCACCUCUACGACCCCAAAAACCAGAUCCUGCCACCCAUGGACCACUCCACCAUCAGCCUCCAGAUGGGCACCAACAAGUGUGCCAGUCAGGUGGGCAUGACGGCUCCUGGCACCAGGAGACACAUUUAUGAUGCCAAGACGGGGACAGAGAAGUGUGACAACUCCUCCAUGUCGCUGCAGAUGGGCUCCAACCAGGGCGCCAACCAGAGCGGGCAGGUCUUUGGCCUCGGCCGCCAGAUCUACGACCCCAAGUACUGCCCACAGGGCAGCCAGGGCGAGGUGGCCAAUGCUGCUGGGGACCAGAGCGGGGACCCCCCCGGGUACCACUACUACCGUGAGGAGGAGGAGAGCUACUGAGCAGGGUGGCUCAGCCCACCCGCACCAUCUCAUGUACAGCCCCACAUUCCAGCCUCCACUUCCAUCAUUCCCUCUUUUAAAACUCUUUUUUAACUUUGGAAAUGAAUCUAUUUUUCUGAGCAAGGAAAUAAAGACCCUGUUUCUAGAGAGGAGCCCAGCUGGUUCCCCCAGGAGCCCCAGGACCCUGGGGCAGCAGGAAGGUGGGAGAUGUUCCAACACCUGGGAGUGGACAGUGUCACCUCUCACGCACCCAGUGCCCACCACACUCCCCUGUGAUGCCCCUGGAUCCCUCAGCAAGGAGCAGGAGUGGCUGCCCUUGGUGCUGCUGCUCAUCCCUGUGCUGCUCAGCCCUGUGGAGGAGAGGGACUGGGAUCAAUGGGACACGGGGGAACAUCUGGGAGAGACUGCGUGGCCUCGAGAUCGCGAGUGUGCAUUAGUGUGAGUGAAUGUGUGUGCGCGCAGUUUGCACUCUGCUGUGAUCUCUAAAUGCUGGAAAUGCCCUUUCUGCAGAACUCGUAGGGACCGAGUUUUCAAGGCCACGGUGACGGCUGCAGGGCUGGGCCGGGAGCUGGCACACCUGGCACAGCCGGCACACCUGGCACACCCAGCACUGCGGCAGGCUGGAGCCAAGGCUGGAGCCAAGGCUGGAGCCAAGGCUGACUCCAGCAGCCGCAUCCUGCCCCGGGGCGGUGUCCAAGUGGCAGAGUGCAGCCGGUGCCCAUCGACGUCUCCCCUCCCAUGUGGUUUUUAAUGCAGAUACUCUCAGACUGAAACCUUUUAUUAAAAAAAAAAA